AUGACGCUCCUCAGCUUCAGUCCUAGCCAACUAGCCGCGCUCGGCUUCACAUCGUUUGUCCUCUACGUCGCCGGCUAUGUGCUGUACAACCUCUUCCUGCACCCUCUCCGGCGCUUCCCAGGCCCCCUCCUGAUGCGCGCUACUCGGUGGGGAUACGCGCUGCGGCAGAUGGGCGGCACGCUGCCGUUUGACAUGCUGGACCUGCACAAGCGGUACGGCCCCGUGGUGCGCGUGGCGCCUAACGAACUGGCCUUCUCGGACGCGCAGGCGUGGAGGGACAUCAUGGGCCACCGCGUCGGUGGUGGUGGCGAGGCCGGGGCCGAGAUGGAGAAGUGGCCAAAUUUUUACAGGCCCGUUGCCGACAUGCCCACAGACAUUGUCAAUGCCGGCCGGGAGGAGCAUGCGCUCCUGCGGAGGACAAUGGCGCACGGGUUCAGCGACCGCAGUAUGCGCGAGCAGCAGCCGCUGAUCAAGAGUUACAUUGAUUUGUUGAUCAGGAGGUUGAGGGAACAUGGGGAAGGCGGGAAGAAGGCGGUGGACUUGGCGGCUUGGUACAACUUUACCACGUUCGACGUGAUUGGGGAUCUGGCGUUUGGGGAGAGCUUUGGGUGUCUCGAGAACUCCGAGUACCAUCCCUGGGUCAAGUCCAUCUUCGCGGUUGCUCGCGGGGGCACCGUGUUCCAGAGCCUCGCCCAUUAUCCAAUCUUGAAGAAACUGCUGCUGGCUGUUAUCCCUAAGAAGUUCAUUGAGGAGCGCAAGAAGCACAUGAACAUGUCACUGGCCAAGCUGCGCAGGCGCAUGGAAGCUGGGAAGGAUCGCGCUGACCUGAUCGAGGGGUUGCUCAAACGGGCUGAUGAAUGGGGGUUUAAGCUUGAGAAGCUGCAGGCCAACAGCGCUAUUCUGGUUAUUGGUGGAUCUGAAACAACAGCCACGCUUCUGUCAGGAGUCACAUUUCUCCUCUUGACAAACCCCGAAGCCCUAAAGAAGCUCACGGCCGAGAUCCGUGGGGCGUUCAAGUCUGAGGACGAGAUCGACUUUGCUACCGUCAGUACCCUGCCCUAUCUUCUGGCUUGCUUGGAGGAAGCGCUGCGGAUGUACCCCCCUGUGCCAAUUGGGCUGCCCCGUGUUGUGCCGAAAGGUGGUGCAACUAUUGCUGGGACCUACCUCCCGGAAAACACCGUAGUUGCAGUUCAUCAGUGGGCGAUGUAUCACAACGACCAGCAUUUCAAGGACCCCUUUGUUUUCCAUCCAGAGCGAUGGCUGGACAAUCCAGCGUUUGCCAGCGAUCACCGGGACGCGUUCCAACCUUUCCAUCUUGGGCCACGAAACUGUCUAGGCAAGAAUCUUGCCUACGUCGAGAUGCGGCUUAUUCUGGCUCGUGUCCUGUGGAACUUCGACUUACAAAUCGCCGAGGACAGCUUGAACUGGAUGAGCAAACAGCGCAUCUAUAAUCUGUGGGAGAAGGGUCCAUUGAACGUUUAUUUGACGCCAGUUGUGAGGUAA